AUCGAAUUAAAAAUUUCUCAGAAAAUAGACGACACUUUUGUGAUAUCACCUGCGGAUCUGAUCUCUUGGGUCUUCGAAAUUAUAACUUCCAACUGUUCCUGUUUUGACUGUGUGAAUUCAGCAACAAAGUCAACGACGAGUCACAGCUUUAUCUGUUAUCACGAUCUGGUGGUGCCACCCAACGUUAACGUUCGAUUCCACACCCCUAAUUCCGGUUCUUACAUCAUUUUCGGCGAACCAAUUUUAGGGUUUCGAUCCGAAUCUUGUUUCGGUGGCGAUUCGAUUAUGACCGUUUGAAAUGGCUGAGAAUAACGUUGCAGAACAGCCGUUGGAAGGUCAUGGAGCUACCGAGCAAGGGAUUGAGGGGAACCUUUCGGAUUUUAGUGCAUCCACAGCUGCUAAUUCAGUGGAACAAUCAAAUGGAGUUAGCGAAUUACCAUUCGAAUCCACCACUCACACUCAUCAUGACGACGUUACGGUGGCCACACUUCCCGAGAACGCACUGGAAACAAUGAAUCAGGGAGACCACGAUGAUGCUAAAUCUAGUGAGGAUACUGCGAGAGAUGAUAUGUUUGUUGAUUGCCCAGAUGAGUUAGGCACGUUUGAUGGCAGGCAAACUGAUAUUAAGGAAGAAACAGAUGCUGGAGAAAGUAGACUGAACUUGGAAGAAGAUCAGCGGAUUCAUUUCGGUAAACCGGACAAUGGGGCAGGAGAUGAAUCAGUGGCGAAGACGGUUGCUGAGAAAGAAAGUAAUACGCGGGAAUAUAAGGAAGAGCAAGAAACCGUUGCCCGAGGAGUAUUUGAUAUUUAUUGUCAACUAAAGGCUCUGUCCUGGCAACAGUCAUUGCCAGAUGAAGCUGAAGCUGGAGGGAUGGAUAAGGAGGCUCAACUGGCUGAGAUUCCGUUAAAGAAGAUGAUCAAAGAAUGUUUGGAAUUUGUAAGAACAACUAAAGAGGAACGAUCCAGUGCUGAGGCAACUAUUAGAAAUCUGCAUGCUGUUCUUUCUGAUAAGGAUCACCAGAUAGAAAAUCUCAAUACAAAGGUUACUGAGUUAUUGGUCUCCCAUGAUGACUCAGCUCAGAAGACUCUGGAAUUAUCGUCAGAGAUUGAUAUUGUAGUAGAUAGAAUAAUGUCCUCUCUUGCAACAGUUGUGAGUCAAGACCAACUUCUAGAUAAUACUAUUCGUGGAAAAAUAGUUCAUAUUGAGGAAGGCACUGCAUUAUUAACUGCAAAAUAUAAUAACAUUCUUUCUGAAAUUUAUCAACUUGGGCAUUCCUUCUCUGAGGUUGGGUUGGAUGCUAGGUACGAGGAACAGGGGAACACACUUGCUGCUGCUCGUGGUGGAUUAUUGGAGUUCAAAAGAAAGGAAGCAGAAUUGGGUGAAAGACUUGCUCACCUAGAAGGCGAGAAUCAGAAACUAAUGGAUGAGCUUGACAAGGAAAGGGUGAUGAUAGGAACAUUGAAUGCAGAAAUUGGAAAUAUGAAAAUAGAACUUGAGCAGGAAAAGGUUAAAUGUGCUAAUACCAAAGAAAAACUUGGUAUGGCUGUGACAAAAGGAAAGGCAUUGGUACAGCAGCGGGACUCAUUAAAGCAAUCUCUGGUGCAAAAGUCCAGUGAGUAUGAGAAAUGCUUGAUUGAGUUGCAGGAGAAGUGUGCUGAGCUAGAAGCUUCUAGAAUUACCAAGAAUGAGUUGGUUCAAAGUGAAAAUUUGGCUGCAUCCCUGCAGAAUUCAUUACUACGAAGUAACACAAUUAUUGAGCAAGUCGAGAAAAUCUUGUCUCAGACUGAAUCUGAUACUCCUAAUUUGGAUAUGUUGGAGAGGUUAAGUUGGAUUGUGGAUGACAGAGAUGCCCUCAAGAGUGCGUUCCGAGAGUUCUGCAAAUUGAAGGAUGCUCUAUCUCUGAUAAAUCUACCAGAAUCUGUCUCAUCAUCUGAUUUGGUGUCUAAGAUAAAUUGGCUGGGUAACUCUUAUUCUAAGGCCAUGUAUGAUACAAAUAUUCUGCAGGAAGAAAUCUCUACAAUUAAAGAAGAAGCCCGCAACUGUGUUGAUUUCUUGAGUGCAUCCCUUUUGUUAGAAUCACUGGAGAAAGAUUACUAUCAGUCAGAAUUCACUGAGUUGAGAUGCGAUUAUGAAGAGAUUAUUGAAAUGAAUCAUCGGGUUUUGGGGGAGAAGGAACAGAUUGUGAAAAUGGUAGUUGAGCUUUCUGGCUAUAACAUGAAGGCUGAAGAAAUUGAUGUUUCUCCUGACACAUCUAUGAUUAUUAACCAUUGCUUUCAAAUGAUAAAAGAACAGAGUGGUCAUUUCUCUAGGUCAUCUCAUAUUGAUACGGAUUUAAUUGAAAGAAUUCAAAGUCACUUAUAUGUUAGGGAUCAGAGGCUGAUGCUCUGUGAGGAUAUACUAGAAGAAGAGGUGGUGAUUAGAUCAGAGGUGAAUAAACUGGCAAAUGACUUGAAAACAGCUUCAGAUGAAAUUCAUGUGCUGAAAGCAGAACAGAGUUCUCUACAGAAAGAUCUUGACCGAUCAGAGGAGAAGUCUGCUAUUCUUAAGGAUAAGUUAUCCAUGGCAGUUAAGAAAGGGAAAGGAUUGGUUCAAGAUAGGGAAAAUCUAAAAAAUCUUAUAAAUGAAAAGAACUUGGAGAUUGAGCAGCUAAAGCUUGAUUUGCAGAAGCAAGAAUCUGUAGUUUCUGAGUACAAUGACCAGGUUAAUAAAUUGUCCGUUGAUGUAGAAAGCAUCCCAAAAUUGGAGGAAGAGCUUAAAUCAGUAAAGGGUGAAAGGAAUCACUUUGAGCAGCUCUUGUUACAUAUCAAUAAAUUGUUACAGAGAGCGGUAGAGUCUAUUGAUCAGAUUCAUCUUCCUGUUGAUUCAGUUUUUGAAGAACCUCUUGAAAAGGUGAAGUGGCUUGCUGGAUUUGUCAGUGAAUGCCAAGAUGCAAAGCUACAUGCUGAGCAAGAGCUGAAGCUAGUAAAAGAGGGAGCCAAUGACCUGGAAAGCAAAUUAGCAGAAGCCCAAGCAACUGUAGAAUCCCUUAAACAAGCAUUGUCUUCUGCAGAGAACAAUUUUUCUCUAUCAGCUGAAGAAAAAAGGGAGUUAGAACUUGGGAAAGCUGAAGUUGAGGAGGAACUACGUAAAGUGAGAGAAGCACAUGCUAUUCUUUCCAGUGAGAAAGAGUUGGCUCAAACUGGCAGAGCUGCUGCGGAGAUUGAGCUAGAGAGAGUUCAUGAAGAAGUUGCCAGGUUGACAAGCAAACUAGCAGAGGCCAGUACAACCAUAAAGGACUUGGAAGAUGUGGGCGAGUCUACUAUGUCACUUAGAGCUGCAUUAUCUCAGGCAGAAAAAGAUAUUGCUGUGCUUUCCAAUGAGAAAGACUUGGCUCAAACUGGCAGAGCCACUGCAGAGACUGAGCUCGAGCGAGUUAAAGAAGAAGCCGCCAGGUUGACAAGUAAACUAGAAGAGGCCAGCACAACCAUAAAGGACUUGCAAGAGGCUGUUGAAUCUACUUUGUCACUUAGAAAUGCUUUAUCUCAGGCAGAAAAAGAUAUUGCUGUUCUUUCCAAUGAGAAAGACUUGGCUCAAGCUGGAAGAGCUGCUGCUGAGACUGAGCUAGAGGAAGUUAAAGAAGAAGCUGCCAGGUUGACCAGUAAACUAGAAGAGGCCAGUGCAACCAUAAAGGACUUGCAGGGGGCUGUUGAAUCUACUUUAUCACUUGGAAGUGCAUUAUCUCAGGCAGAAAAAGAUAUUUCUGUUCUCUCCAUUGAGAAAGAGCUGGCUCAAACUGGUAGAGCUGCUGCAGAGACUGAGCUAGAGAGAGUUAAAGAAGAAGUUACCAGGUUGACCAUCGAACUAGCAGAGGCCAGCACAACCAUAAAGAACUUGGAAGGGGUUGGAGAGUCUACUGUGUCACUCAGAGCUGCAUUAUCUCAAGCAGAAAAAGAUAUUGCUGUUAUGGCCAGUGAGAAGGAGUUGGCUCUAACUACUAGAGCUGCCACGGAGACUGAACUGGAUAAAGUUAAAGAAGAAGCUUCCAGGUUGGCUAGUGAACUAGCUGAGGCCGGUGCAACCAUAAAGAACUUUGCGGACGUAGGUGAGGCUACAAUGUCACUGAGAGCUGCAUUAUCUCAGGCAGAAAAAGAUAUUUCCGUUCUUUCUAAUGAGAAAGAGAUGGCUCAAACCGUAAGAGCUGCUGCAGAGACUGAGCUAGAAAGAGUUAAAGAAGAAGCUGCCGGGUUGACGAGCAAGCUAGCAGAGGCCGGCACAACCAUAAAGGACUUAGAAGAUACACUAUCUCAGGCUGAGAGUAGUGUCAAUGCAUUGAGAGAAAAAUAUGAUGCUGACCAAGUUGUUAAAACCAAAAUGGAGAGUGAGUUGAAGAAGCUGCAAGAUGAAGCUGAGCAUCAGGCUAGCAAAUUGAUAGAUGCCUCUGCAACUAUAAAAACACUGGAAGAUACAUUGUUGAAGGCACAAAAUAAUAUCUCUGUCCUGGAAGAUGCAAAUAAAACUGCUAAAGAGGAGAUAUCAUCAGUCAAUUUCAAGUUAAAUUCAUGCUUGGACGAGUUAUCUAGAACGAAUGGUAGCUCGGAAAACAGGUCUAUGGAGCUCAUAGGACUUAUAAAUGAUCUUAUCGUGCUUUUGAAAGAUAACAUUUUACUUCCCAAAGUAGAACAGUGCUUUGCGACAAAGUUUGAGGCUUUAAAGGAUAUGGAUCUAAUUCUGAACAAAAUAAGGGACUAUCCUGUUGGCAUGACUGCCAAAGAUACUGGAAGACACCAUAUUGUGGAGGAAGAUCCCUUGGUGAGAAAAGCAUCCUUUGGUGGCAUUGAGAAUUAUGAUGUUGAAGUGGACAGUAGAGUGAUGAAUGGCACUGAUAUUGACGAUGUGAUUUCACAAUUUGGAAACAUUGUGAAAGGGUUUCGGCUGAGAAAAAAUAUUGCAGAUAGGUUUGAUGAUUUUUCUGAUUCUAUUGAUAAGUUUAUUUCUCUUCUUCAGACAAAACUACUGGAAACAGAGACUGAUGUAGUAAGUAUCCUUGAGCACUUGGAAACCCUUAAAGACGAAGUAAAUGCUGGGGAAAGUUUAAAAGCAGAACAGGAAAAUACUAUUGCCACUUUGCAGAAUGAUAUCACAGUCCUGUUUUCUGCUUGUGCUGAUGCUUCCUGUGAACUUCAAUCUGUAGUUCACGAGAACCUUGUGGAACCUGGUUCUGUUUUUGAGACAAUGAACCUUGAUGCAGAUGUACUGCCCAAGUAUAAUCAGAACAGCAAAUACAUGGAUACUGCACGGAAGUUGAUAUCUGCUAGUAGGAAAGCACAGUAUUUGAUUCGAAAUUUUGAAUCCCAAAGUAAGAAAUUAGACAGAACGGUUGAAGAUUUGCAGAAUCAGUUGAAGGAAAAUAGAGCUGCUUCUGAAGAGGUCAUAAGAGAAAGAGACCUUAGUCAAAACAGAGUUUUGCAACUGGAGUCUGAUAUCCAAGUAUUAAAAAAAUCAUGUAGUGAGCUGAGGAAUAACUUAGAGGGUUAUCAUGCCCUAGAAGAAACAUUAAAGGAAAAAGAAAAAGAGAUAUCAUCAUUGAACAGUGCUUUGUCAACAAAACAAGGAGAGGCAGAAAACUCCCUUCUCUCAGAAUCACAGGUUAGAACUCUCUUUGGUAAGAUUGAUAGGAUCAAAAUCCCCUUUUCAGAUUCAGCAGAAGAUAUGGAACCCACUACUUCGGCUCCUGUAAAGAAGCUCUUUAGCAUCAUUGAUAAUGUUAUUCAGCUGCAUCACCAGAUGAGUUCUUUGUCCCAUGCCGAAGAAGAACUUCAAAGAACCGUUGCAACUAAGGAUCUUGAAAUUAAACAUCUGGAGGAGGAAGUGAAACAGUUUAAUUGUAACUGGGAGGACUUGGACAAGGUGAAAAAUGAGUUGUCUGGGUGCACCUUUGCUUUGGAAAAAAUUCUCGGUAUGUUGGGAGCCAGUGAUUGGGUUGGAGAUACAAAAUCUACUGGUCUGAAUGAAUUGAUACCACUAUUGGAAAAGCAGGUUAUGGCCAUUCUUUUAGAAUCUGAAAGUGCAAAGUCAAAAGCCACAGAACUUGGUGGGAAGUUGGUUGGAAGUCAGAAACUUAUUGAUGAAUUAACAACCAAGGUUAGAUUGCUUGAAGGCUCACUUGAUGGUAAGACCUCUCAGACGGAGGUUGUCCAGGAAAGGAGUUUAUUCGAAACACCCUCAAUACCUGGGGGAUCAGAGAUAUCUGAAGUUGAAGAGGGAUCACUUGGCAAGAAUGUCAUAUCUCCUGCCCCAUCAGCUGCACUUGUGCGAAAUAUGCGAAAAGGAUCUACUGACCAUCUCGCACUUGAUAUUGACGGGGAAUCUAAUCGUUUAAUCAGCAGUGCUGACGCUGAUGAGGAUAAAGGUCAUGUUUUUAAGUCGCUGAACACAUCAGGAUUUGUGCCGAAACAAGGAAAGUUCAUGGCAGAUCGUAUUGAUGGAAUCUGGGUUUCUGGUGGUCGGCUUCUCAUGAGUCGUCCCAGGGCAAGAUUAGGACUCAUUUGUUAUUCGCUGCUCUUGCAUAUAUGGCUAUUGGCAACAAUCUUGUAGGAGCUGGGGAUCAUCACCUAUCUGAACCGUUCAACAUUGCUCAUUCUGCAUCUUCAAAUUGUAUGAUAGCUAUACUAAUACUUUUUUCCUUGUUUCCUGUCUCUCUUCUAGCUUCUUAAUGUAGCCCAACAUAUUCUUAUAGCCAUGUAUAGUAACCGUUCAUUUGAUUCUCUGCAGUCACAUUUUAGGGAUACAGAGAAUCUAAUCCUAUAAUAUUUGGGGAUGAUUUUCCCCACAUUCUUUGACCUCCGUUAUCAUAAUUUAUGAAUUCCCUCAAUUUGAAUAUUGAGAUUAGAUUU